AACUGUUUAACUGCAAAGACGAUUCAAGGAACGAAAAGAGCUCCAUCAACACAACGUUUACUUAAGCCAUAUCUCGUGACGCAGUCAAAGUCGGAGCAAGAGCCGAAGCCGGAGCCGGAGCGGGAGCAGGAGUGAAAUGGCCAACGAACCACAGCUGCAGCCACAGAUGCUGCUGGUGGCUUUGCUAGCCAUUAGCGCAGCACUGUCGCUGAGCAACGCGGAAAGUUCAUCCAGCUGUGGACCCUAUUUCCCAGCGGCCUGCGCCUGUGGCAAGGAGAUGUACGAGGGGACGAUUCAAUAUAUCGUAAACUGCACAAACGCGGGAUUGAAUAACACCAGUGUGCUGGAGCAUAUGCCCGAGCAGGUGGAGAUACUCAUAUUCACCGGCAACUACAUCACCGAGCUGCCGUGGAAUGUCUUUGGCAGCAUCAAUGACUACAAGCAACUGAAGAUUGUCGACAUGAGCAGCAAUCACAUACGCGAGAUACGCGGCAAGAGCUAUCACCAUGUGCCGCGUGUGGAGCGUCUCAUACUGAACCACAACAAUCUGAGCAUCUCACGCAACGACGAUGAGGUCAAUCAUCAUCAUCCGCGUGUCUUCUCCAACUUUGGCAAUCUCCAGAGUUUGCAUUUGACCGACGCCUUCGAGGAUCACAGUUCUCCGCAGCUGAGCGAGGAUCUACACGAUAUCUUCGUCAACAGCCAGUUGGUGAAACUGCAGAAGUUGCAUCUGGAGCAGAACGAGAUUACUCACUUCAAGGAUCGGAAUGUGUUUUGCGACUUGCCUGCGCUUCGCGAUUUGCACUUGGGCGACAAUCUGCUCAAGGACAUCAACUUUGAGGUGCGCUGCCUGAACAAUUUGCGCUUCCUCGAUCUGGAGCGCAACAAGUUUGAGUUUGUAAAGCCCAGUGACAUGCGUGUGCUCAACCAGCUGCAGGAGCGUGAGAAUCGCACCGUUGACUUGAUCGUGGACUUCAAUCUCAAUCCUUUCGUAUGCGACUGCAAGAUCUCUUCGUUCCGCACGUGGUUGCAGGCCACACGCGUUACGGUGCGCAACCAAGAGAGUCUGAUGUGCUUCCAUGGCAUUCAGCACGUUGAUCCGGCGCCGGCGCACAUCCUCCAACUGGAUAUGGGAGAGUGUUCAUCCGAGAUGGCGGCAGCUGCCUCGUUCCUCAAUAUUGCUGAAGAUGAGCAGCUUUACGGGCAGCUGCAACCACACAUUAGUGGACACACGGCCACUCUGAUCUUUCUACUGAUCGUGCUCACCAUGAUCCUGCUGGGAUUGCUGGUGGCUCUCGUCUACGUUAGUCGCGACAAAUUGAAGUAUAUGAUGACGCCGGUGUUUGAUAAUGUGGCCAAGAAAGUGCAGUACACAUCAAUUAAGGACGAAGACUGCCCGGAGGUGCAUGUUUAAGCAAUUGCAUUUUACUUGCACUAUGUCCAUUAUUAACGAGUACCACGUCCAUAUAACGAACAAAGGGAAGAAGCAGCUACACAGCUAAAUGCAGUUUCGUUUUUGCCAUUCGCAUAGCGCAAAAUGUGUGCCAUUCACAGGGAACGAAGAGGAUAUGGAGAAAUGGAGGGAAAGCAACAAGCGCAUAUCAUUUGAUGAAUCGUUUCCGUUAAAUCUACUUACAGACACACAGACACGCUCACACCCCAACACACACAUACACUUAAACACUCACAAACGUAUUGUUUGAUAGUAUAUAAGAGAAAUUGUUGCAUUUAAGGUAAUAAAACACACACACACACAAAUGUGGCAAAGUUGAUUACAAGCGAACAAACAAAUUCAGCAAUAAUGUUAGCGAUUUUCUAAGUAGCAUUAAGUCAGUCUUGUUGUACGUUCUAUGAUUUCGAAAAAAAGACCCAAUUGCAUACAUACAUAUACGCAUAUAAAGCAUACUUACAUACAUAUAUAUUGUAACAAACACGUUAGUGUUAUCUGUGAUUUAAGUUUAGUAGCUUUACUUUGUUAAAACUCUGCAAAACAAAAACAAACAAA